CUGAUACAACGAGCAUAUAAGAACUUCACAAUCGAGACCGCAGUGGUGUCUGGUCGUUUCAUAGCACCCGCGAUUCAUCCCGACCUAUUUCCACAGCAAAAUGACUAUCUCGCCCAAAGUGAUCGUGGUCUACGGGGCGACCGGCAAGCAAGGCCGCGCGGUCGCCGACUCGCUCCUCAAGAGCCAGCAGAAAUUCAUCGUCCGCGCUCUCACUCGCGAUCCCGAGUCAAAGAGUGCCAAAGAGCUGGCCCAGCUGGGCGCUCAAGUGGUGAAGGCCGACGGAUGGAAGGAUGAGGAUAUGACCGCCGCCUUGACUGGCGCAUGGGGAUUCUGGCUCAACACCCAUCACCAUGACCCGGCUGUGAUCAGUCCCGGAGGUCCUACGGAUGAAGAUCUCGGCCGUCGCUUGGUCGAGAUCGCAGCCAAGGCGGGCGUUAAGGUCUUCAUCUACAGCACAUGCGAAUCGCCUGCAGAGUUCUCCAAUGGCAAAGUGCCGGUUCACGGCAUGGACGCCAAGCACCGCGUUGAAUUAUACGCCCGGCAAUUCAACGAGUUUGAUUCGGUGAUCGGAGCCUUCCCCGGCUGGUACUUUGAGAAUUACAUCACACCGGAGUACGCCGCAGCGUUUGGUGGAUUCCCCAUCACUCCGGACGCGGACGGGAUCUACACCUUCACCAGUCCCGUCUUGGGGGGCGAGAACACCGUGCAGACAGUCUCAGUCGCCGACGAUUUCGGGGAGAUGGUGCAUGGGAUGUUCCUAGAUCCCUUGCGAUGGAAGAAUCAGACCAUCCAGUUGCUCAGUGACAGCUUUUCCUAUGAAGAUAUGGUCAAGGUCUUUACAGACGUGACGGGCAAACCGGCGCGGUACGUGCCCAUGGCCUCGUACAAGGACUUCCAAACCCACGGCAGUACUGUCCUGCAGGAGCUGCAGGAUGUGUAUCGGUGGACGCAGUGGAGCGGGGGCCUCUUCUUCGGUCGCUCGGAUGACUUCAAGACGUGCCAGUUCUUGAAGGAUGAGGCCCGGCGGGACAAGGGCUUGGGCCCUCAGCCGGUCAUCAAAUUGCGCGAAUACUUCGUCAAGCACUACGGAAACCAGAGGCAGUGAGUGAUUUUGGACAGAGCAAGAUUCAUGUAGAGCAUUAGCCAAGUCAAAGAAACCUCCGCAUGACCAUGCAAUUCUCU